AACUCGUACCAGUCCUAUGUACGAGUAGUAGAUUGCCAAGAUAGGUAAUGAACCAAGGCGGAUUGAAGUUGAAGUGGGGUUUUCAUCGCUAUCUGUUGUUCUCCUGACCUUUAUCUGAAAUUUUAUCGUCCCAUCUGUCCAACAAGUCUGUCGAGAAGGCGAGAGAAGUGUGCGGAUAACUGGUGGUCCAGCCCAGACCGGUCGGCCCAUCGCCUGCUGCUCGCUGCGCGAUGCUGCUGCGUGCCCGCCGCGCACCACCCGGGGGUGCAGGUAUGGUGGCCUCAGGCAUUGCCCGGGCUCAGCGAUCAGGCGUUUUGCAGGCCUGUCGUUCGUGCCUCGCCUUCACCCAGAGAGAGCAGGAAUAACAAUAACUAAUUUUUCUGCUGCAAGGCCCAUGCCCAGGCGCGCGAAGCCCCACCAAUUAAACAUGCAACGCGCAUCACAGGCGUUUCCAACAUCGCACUUCACUCAACCUCUCCCCAACUAAGAUGCCACCCACCGAUCGGGCCGAGAAGCAGGCGGCUGCUCAACAAGCAGUCAAUAUCCUGCACGAGAUUUCCACGAUCCUGAACUGCCAUCUUGACCGCCAGACACUCUCCAUCUGUAUCUCCAUGAUUGAGAAAGGAAUAAACCCCGAAGCCCUCGCGCACCCCCGGCAGUCUCAUCCACUUAUUCCUCUCUCAAGUCAUACUAACAACCCCCCCAGAACGUCGUCAAAGAACUGCGCAAGCAAGGUCAAGAAGGCCAGCUCGAGGCAGCGGCAGCGGCGGCGGCGUCAUCGACAGCAGUGCCAUCGCGUCGGAGAUGAGUUAAACCCUAUAUUGCCACCACUUUGGUCGGCCCGUAUCAGGGUCAGGAGGACCACAACAGGCCCAGCAACCAGGUCUACCGAGUGAUACAGCCCAGUUGGGAUCAAGAAGGAAGAUUCUGGGGUCUAGCGGCGCUACUUGUUGCUUGCUGUACAUGCCAUACACGCCACGCUUGUAAUGCCGGGAAAGAAGAGCUCUUAAACCGCCAUUCAUGGGGGGAAAUCGAGGGUGAGAGCUAUCCUUACUUGUGCCCUCUCAGGACGACGUAUCGGGCCUCCGUCGGGGGGACAAGACCAUCGGUCGGGUCAAGAUCAACAAACUAGAUCAUACAUAGGAGACAGACACAUGGACAGGGGAGGAGGCACCGUGUAAGCACGAAAUGGCAAAAGCCACCACUCGGCCAUCCAAUGAAGACCCCUCUCGGCUGGCAUGGGCUGGCCCCGAAACUCAAAUGCUGAAACUGGGCGGCUGCGGCCAUGAUGUCGCCAGAAAUGUCAACCUGUCCAUCAUUAACAAUUCAUCCAAAGUCUCAUGUUUGUCUCCGUCGCAUUGCCGGGAGCUCGUCAGG